CUCAUCUAUUUAAUGCAACUCCUCUUCCCCAUCCACGGCAAAGCCACAACCCCUUGCCCUUCUCCUUCCUUCCUUCACUCAUUCUAUCUGUCUGUCUGUCUGUCUAUCUAUCUUCAUUCAUUCAGCAACUCACUCUGCCCUCCAUUCACACAAUCAACCCCACCCUCCCACACACUUUCGAAAACAGAGUGCUCUUCAUGAGAGUAUCUCUCUCGAAAGAAACCCGAGCCGAACACCAUCAUUACCCUCCGACCGAUUCAAUCCCCCGAUCCCUGCCAAAAUGUGCAACCCGACCGCCACCCCGGACAAACACCCUCAGCCCCCCCAUACCCACCUCUAUAUCGACCUCCUGUCCCUCCCAGCAGCCACUAAGCCCACGGAGCAGCCCAAGCCCGAGUGCUCCCCAGCAUUCGUCCCAACCGCAUCGGAAAUCGCUUCGGAGGCGAGGUCCCUCUUCGCGCUGUCCUUCCCGAUCGCCCUCACAGCCCUAAUCCUCUACUCCCGCUCGAUCAUUUCGAUGCUCUUCCUCGGCCGCCUCGGGGACCUUGAGCUUGCUGCGGGCUCCCUCGCCAUCGCCUUUGCCAACAUCACGGGCUACUCCGUCCUCUCGGGGCUUGCCCUCGGGAUGGAGCCGCUCUGCUCCCAGGCGUUCGGGGCGCGGCGCCCCAAGCUUCUGUCCCUGACGCUGCACCGUUCCGUGAUAUUCCUCCUGCUCUGUUCCGUCCCCAUCUCGUUCCUCUGGGUCAACAUCUCCGGGAUUCUCCUCCGCCUUCAUCAGGACCCGAACAUCACCGCCAUGGCCCACACCUUCCUUCUUUUCUCCCUCCCUGACCUGCUGACCAACGCCUUCCUCCAUCCAAUCCGCAUUUACCUUCGCGCACAGGGGAUCACCCACCCGGUGACAGUAGCCUCCCUACUCGGGACCCUCUUCCACCUUCCCGCCAACAUCUUCCUCGUCAGCCACCUCCGCCUCGGCGUGGCCGGAGUGGCUGCGGCGUCCGCCGCCUCCAACGCGUUCGUGCUCUUGUCCCUAGUCCUAUACGUGUGGGCGUGGAAGAUCCACGAGCCCACGUGGACGCAGCCAACGGCGGAGUGCCUGAAAGGGUGGCUGCCCCUGCUCCGGCUGGCCGCCCCGAGCUGCAUUUCCGUCUGCCUCGAGUGGUGGUGGUACGAGAUCAUGAUCGUCCUCUGUGGCCUGCUGUCGAACCCAAAGUCCACCGUUGCGUCUAUGGGUAUACUGAUCCAGACUACGUCGCUCCUCUACAUCUUCCCAUCAUCUCUCGGGUUCGCGGUGUCGACGCGCGUCGGGAAUGAGCUCGGGGCGAGCAGGCCGAACCGGGCAAAGCUGUCAGCCGUGGUGGCGGUCUUCCUAGGGGCGUCCAUGGGCUUAUCCGCGGCAACAUUUGCGACCUCCAUGAGGGACAGGUGGGCCCGGAUGUUCACGCACGACGCGGACAUCCUGCAGCUGACGUCAGCCGCUCUCCCGAUCCUCGGGCUGUGCGAGCUGGGGAACUGCCCCCAGACGGUGGGCUGCGGCGUGCUUCGGGGCAGCGCCCGGCCCUCCACGGCGGCGAACGUGAACCUGGGGGCAUUCUAUCUCGUGGGGAUGCCGGUGGCGGUCGGCCUCGGGUUCUGGCUGGGAGUCGGGUUCUCUGGGCUUUGGAUGGGCCUCCUGUCGGCCCAGGUCUGCUGCGCGGGGCUGAUGCUGUACGUGGUGGGGACCACAGACUGGAACAAUGAGGCUGGACGGGCCCAGACGCUGACGUGUAACGCUGCCAUUGGCGAAGCCGCUGGGCCGCCAAGCGACGGGAAUGGCGAAGAGCAGCAGUCGCUGAUCCGCAUCGUGGUGACGCCAUCUGGACAAUCCUAGAGACCAAAUUUAGGAGCCCGCUGAUAUAGUUAUAAACUUUUUUUUAAAAAAAUUAUUUUAAUUUUUUUUGGCAAUUUAACCAUCUUGUUCGAUUGUAUUAUUCUUCUUUUUAUUCGCGGGUUUUUUUUUUUUGGGUCUCGGAUGGGGAAUUGCGGAGGAGAUUAGCUAGGACAAAUUUUGUCUCGUCUUUUGAAUUUUUCAUUAGUCAUUGCUUGCCUUGCUACUGAUUUGUUGAUGUAACUGCAGCAUUGCAUGAGUAAUAGUCUAGUUGAAAAUUUCUCAUUGCUUACAAUUGGUU